AUGUUGUUGCUGUCAUCCCUGCUUUUGAUGGUUGCCUGCUUUCCCCUGGCUGCAAAAGCUGAAGUGGUCCAAGACUUCAAGAACUGCCUUGAGUUCUUUUUGGAUAAGUUACCACCCGGAGAUGCUCUGACGCCGGGCAACCCUGCAAGGAUUUGCCAGUUUUACAACAACGCCUACCGUUUUGCCACCAUGUAUGACCGAGAGAAGCGCAUCCCCAUAUACUCCGCUUACAAAUGCAAGCCCGGACAAGGUCCCAGAUACCGAGGUUGGAUGAUUGAGCCUCAGCUUGUAGAUCCCACUUUAGGCAAGAGCAUGGAGGACGAGCGUCAAGCCAACAUUCCUGCUGAUAUGAUUAAAAAGAGCCAGGCCAUUUUUGAAGAUUACACCCAAUCCUUAAGUAUUGAAAAGGGACACUUGAAUCCAGUGGGCCAUCAGCCUGAUGAAGACAGUCGAGCUGCCACUUCCACCUUGACUAAUAUCGUGCCCCAGUUCAGCAAACAGAACCAGGAUGCCUGGGCAAAGUACGAGAACCAUAUCCGAAAGGAAGCUCAGGCCUGCCUUGACAUGUAUGUCAUUGCGGGGGUUGUCCCAGGAAAGGAGUAUAUCUCGGAGCACCGGCUCAAUAAACCUAGCCACAUCUGGUCCGCAGCGUGCUGUGUGAAGGAUAAGAAGAAGAGGGCUUCAUGGGCAGCCAUUGCAAAAAACAGUGAGAAUGAAGUAAAAGAAUGGAGCUUGGAGAAACUACAGAAAAUUCUUGCUGAACUCUAUGGGCGGGAGAACAUUGAUCUGUUCAACAGCUCCUGUUAAGAGAUACCCAAUUGGAU